UGCCGGGCCACGACCUCGCAUCUCGUCUGGCUCGUACUAGCUCUCAUAUCGAGACGUCGCGAACCACGCUUCUUCUAUUCUUCUCGUAUUUUAUCUUCGAGUGUUUCAUCGUACAAUCUUAACCACGCGAGUUAACCAAACGUCGACGCAGUUCGCCCCAUCGUCGCGUAUCAGUUUUUCCUUCUUUUUCCUUUCCUCGUUGCGUCCAACGUCCCAAUGUGACGAACUUUCGACAAAAGUUUUCUGCAAUCGCGAAACAAAAUAUUUCGCGUAACAGUGUGAAAGUGAAACACGCAAUCUCGGACAGAGUGAAGAAGAGGGUCGUUUCGGUCCAAGUGUCGAUCGGUUCGCGGAAGUUCUUCGUUGAGGACCAAUCGUUGUUUCGGCAUGGCGAAUGGGUGACAAGCACGAGACUCGUGAUCCGCCGCGGGUUGUAGGUGUUUUUCAGCAACGGGGGAACCAUGUGAGGCUACGACCAUGAGGUGUGGCGGUCAGAGCGGUGUCUGGACAGCAAGCGUGAUCAUACUGUCAAUCGGAAGCUGGGUCGGGAAAGUUGGCCCACGACCAGCCGAUGGCGAGACUGCACACCUGACAUCGCCCAAGGAAAGGUUGGAGACCGUGCGGCAGGUUCUUUCCGAGGUGCCUUUGAUCGACGGCCACAAUGAUCUGCCCUGGAACAUUAGAAACUUCGUUCACAACCAACUGGCCGAAUUCGAUUUCGACAAGGAUCUACGACAGGUCGCGCCUUGGAGCAAGAGCGCCUGGAGUCAAACUGACUUGGUUAGGCUACGUCAAGGCAUGGUCGGCGGUCAGUUUUGGGCUGCUUACGUGCCGUGCGAGUCGCAGCAUCUCAACGCGGUCCAGCUGACUCUGGAGCAGGUGGACCUCAUUAAGAGGCUCAUAGAGAAGUACUCGCAACACAUGCAAUUCGCUGCAUCUUCAACGGAGAUUUUGGAUGCUCACGAAAGAGGCAGGAUAGCUUCAUUGAUUGGGGUGGAAGGUGGACAUAGCCUAGGAAGCAGUUUAGCUGUUUUAAGAACACUGUAUCAAUUGGGUGUACGGUAUCUCACGCUCACGCACACUUGUAACACACCGUGGGCGAAAAGUUCGUCGGUAGAAGACGAAGAGGAGGAUGGAGGCGGUCUAACGGCGUUCGGGAAAACAGUAGUUCAGGAAAUGAAUAGGCUGGGAAUGCUGAUAGACCUUAGUCAUACAGCGAGGGCAACCAUGAGGGACGCUUUAAGAGCCAGCAAAGCACCCGUCAUUUUUUCUCACUCCUCGGCCUUCGCUAUUUGUAAUUCCUCGAGGAACGUUCCCGACGACAUUUUAAGGCAGCUGGCUGCUAACGGUGGAUUGGUGAUGGUGACGUUUUAUAAUUACUUCGUGAAAUGUGGCUCUCAGGCGACCGUCUCCGACGUUGCCGAGCACAUUUACUACAUUAAAAACCUAAUUGGUGUGGACCACAUCGGUGUCGGUGGCGACUUCGAUGGUAUCAACAAGACACCCAGAGGACUGGAGGAUGUCUCCAAGUAUCCGGAACUGUUCGCCGAACUUCUUCGAAGUGGGAACUGGAACGUGUACGACUUAAAGAAAGUCGCCGGACUGAACCUGCUGAGAGUCCUUCAAAAGGUGGAAAAAGUGAGGGACGACAUGAGAACAGCCGGUAUGACGCCUUCCGAAGAAUACCUUCAGGAUUCUCCCGACACAACCGGCAGUUGUGCGCUCGAUAUCAAUUCCGUGCAAACGGUCAUGGAGAUUUGAUCGUUCUAUCGUGCCCUUCUAUAGUUUCCGGAUGGUGUGCAAAUUACUUCUCCACGAGCACCCUGCCGUCCUAUGCUCGACUAGACGAGCCGAGUCGCGUCGGAACCGGAGAAGUCCUAGCAGAACGAGCGAUCCAAGAGAAAGAAAGAGAAAGAGAGCUUCUCAUUGCUUGAUUCUUGCCCGCCUACAAAAUCUGUCCCUUUUUAGAUGCUCAAUCAGGAUAACAAUUGAACGAGAGAAAAAAGAAAGGAUGAAGAACCUACCUCGAACGAAAUAUACAGCUUCGAAUGUCUAAUUUGCUGGGCUGUAGGUUUCUUUUGCUUGAAAGCACAAACAUAGAACAUUAUUAUUUCUCAACGAGCCUCUGCAAAACUGUUAAUUCGCCAUGUUUAUAAUUAUUCGAACGAUUAAGAAAAUACGACGAUCGUGUUUUUAUCAUAACAUUUAUUUUAUUAUCGUUAACGUUAAAAUAAUCAUUAAGCAUUACGAAAUUCACGUUCUAAAUUACCCAUGUAUCUGUCAACAAUAAUUUAAGGCUUAAGUUUUAAGUAGAGGAAAACUGAUUAUAAAAUCGUCUGUAUUUUAACAUUUAUAACAACCAUAUUUUGGUAUCUCGUACAUAUGUUUCAGAACAGACAUGUACAAGGUAACAAUGCUAUUUUUCAUAGGAGUAAUAGCAACGCAUUGUAAAAUUUAUUAUAAAAAGAAAUACGUGUAUUCUAAUAUGCAAUCUUUGAAUAAAGUGUAAACAGAUUUUUCUCCA